AUGGAGACAGCGUGUGGACUUGGUGCGCCGAAAGCCAUGGCUGCUUCGCGUGACCCUUUCCCUUGCCACGCUCCCGCGAUAAUAGUUGAGACAACGAGCGACACAAACCAGAGAGCACUGGCGCAACACACAAGGCCAAGAACAUCCAUCUUUGCUGCGCGUUUCGUCACGAUUUCAAUAUGUCCAGUCCCAAAAAGUGGAAGACAGUCAGCGCCGUCUUCCCAACAGGAAAUCUACGCAGAUGUCUCGCUCGGCGCCCUAACGAAGAAUCAACGCGUCGCUCUCCCACCUCCGUUUAUCUCAUUUUCUCCUCUUUUCUCUCGUAUACGGGCGCGCUGUUUUCAUCUCCUUUCCUUUCACCCCCCCCCCCCCUUGUCGCUCUCAUUCGCUGAUUCUAUGUCGCGUUUUCUGUCGCCCUCUCGCUCGCCUAUUCUCCCUCAAGAGACUAGCGCGUUAAAGGCUUUUCGAGGUCUCCAGUGCGGUAUUCUUCGCUGA